UAGAAUCGAAGAAGAUGGGCCCACUCCCACUCGCACAAUACCACCACGUCCCUAACCGGAAACCACGUAACACUGAUCAGGGAGCAAAGCGGGGGAAGCUCAUACCUGAAACUGAAACCAGAGUGAGAGAGAGAGAGAUGGCCACGAAGGAUGCGGAGGUGGUGUGCGUGACGGGUGGGAGCGGCUACAUCGGUUCAUGGCUCGUCCGCCUCCUUCUCCUCCGCGGCUACUCCGUUCACGCCACUGUCAAAGAUCUCAACGAUGAGAAAGAAACGAAGCACCUGCAAGCCCUGGAAGGCGCAGAUACUCGUCUCCGCCUCUUCCAAAUCGAUCUCCUUGAUUACGACUCCAUCGCCAAGGCAUUCCAUGGCUGCGCUGGCGUCUUCCACCUUGCAUCACCCUGCAUCGUCGAUCGCGUUCAAGAUCCCGACAAGGAGCUUCUGGAGCCUGCAAUUAAGGGAACGAACAAUGUUCUAAAGGCGGCGAAGGAGCUCGGGGUUCGGCGCGUAGUGGUCACGUCAUCUAUCUCGGCCAUCGUGCCCAGCCGUUCCUGGCCCCCCGAUGUUGUCAAAGGGGAGGAUUGCUGGACGGAUGUUGAAUACUGCAAACAGAAUGAGUUGUGGUAUCCAGCUUCUAAAACACUAGCAGAAAAAGCUGCUUGGGAAUUUGCUAAGGACAAUGGCUUGGAUGUUGUUGUGUUGAAUCCUGGUACUGUCAUGGGCCCAAUUCUACCUCCUGCAAUAAAUGCUAGCAUGCUGUUGCUUCUUCGCCUUCUCCAGGGCAACACUGAAAUAUAUGAGGACUUUUUUAUGGGAUCUGUCCAUGUUAAAGAUGUUGCUGAAGCACACAUUUUGUUGUAUGAAAACUCGGCGGCAGCUGGUAGGCACUUGUGUGUUGAAGCUAUAGCCCAUUUUGGUGACUUUGCAGCGAAGGUUGCUGAACUUUACCCUGAAUACAAGGUGCCCAGGUUGCCAAAGGAUACCCAACCGGGGCUGUUAAGGGCGAAGAAUGCAUCUAAGAAGCUUAUGGACUUGGGUCUACAAUUCACUCCCCUGGAGCAAAUUAUCAAAGAUGCUGUCGAGAGUUUGAAGAGCAGAGGUUAUAUUUGAAUGGAAUUUGCAGGUGUGACAAACUCUUCAUCUUGGGGACCGGUUUUCCUGAAAAAUUAAGAAAUGGUAAUGGCUUAUAUUAUGAUUAAUAGUUUGUCAGUACUUUCCCAUGAGACAUGAUUGAAACAAACUGAUUCAAAAGGUUUUAGUGUGUAAUCUCAAACAUUGUAGUCUUUAUUGAGUUUGUGUUAUGUUCUAUUGUCAAUAAAAGGGGUUUGAAAUUCAAAGAAAAUUAUUUUACAAUGCAA